CUCCCGGAUAUGAACGACUAUCUCGCAUUGGGCUGUCUCUGCUUCAAAGUUUUCUCACCACUUGACGAUGAAGAAAGCUCAGUAUGGCAGGAAGAGUCCAUCGACGGUCUCGCAUCGAGGUGUCCGUCACUCGUCGCCACGAAUACCGCUCGUCUGCUUGGAGCCGGAUGGAUUCGCCUAGAGUCAAGACGAUGUGCGGAACGACCACAAUGGAUGGUACUGCGGGUAUACGUGCUGUUUCAUGACGCGGGUCACUCCAAGGUUGGCCGUACCAAUACCGCGAUGCUAGCCGCCCUCGAUGCUAUUGCGCGAGAAGUCGACAUCAGCCCACACACUUGGCAGGGCUCUUACGUCCCAGGCCAUGAACAGCGCUUCGAUGUGUACGCAUCGCGAGAUGAUCAGGACCCCAGCUUGUACUUUCUAUUCAAUACUCUUCCCUCUCCUUCCCCUGCGGAGCGGCUCAACGAUAUCGCUGGUAAAUAUGCCAGAGAAGCUCUUGAAGACCUAUUGGACGAAACCACAACGCUGGAGGGACUCAAGACAGAUCUCUUCCCUUACCAGCGUCGCUCGGCCGGUGCCAUGCUCUGUCGUGAGGCUGUCCCUGGUGCUAUUCUCGAUCCACGCCUGGAAGCCCGCACCGCUCCCGAUGGAUCGACCUUCUACUACUCUGCGAGGGAUUGUCGUUUCCUUCGAGACCCUAUAACAUUCGAAGCCUGCCGUGGGGGUAUUCUGGCCGAGACCAUGGGACUGGGGAAGACAGUCAUAUGCCUGUCACUGCUGCUCGCCACCCGGCAUCAUCUGCCAUCCCUUCCAGUCUUGUACGCUGGCACGCCAGUGCGACCGAGCGUUGCAAGCCUAAUCGAUAUGGCUGUCUCUGCCGUGAAUCGGCAGUCAAUCCCGUGGCGGAUCGAGUUCGACAGAAUCCGUCAAUCGACCGGAGAUGAAAUGACAAGCUGCGCGUCAAAGCUUCGUGAGAGCACUCCUAGCUACGACAUCCCCCCAAGUCUGCGCAACCGGACAACGACUUCUCCGUCGCCACAGUGCAUGCUGCUCACCAGCGCCACCCUCAUCGUUGUCCCUCGCAACCUCUGUUCGCAAUGGCAAUCGGAGAUACUAAAGCACGUAGAGCCAGGUGCUCUGAAUGUACUUGUGAUGGAUGAUCUCAAAAGAGCUCUCCCUUCGGCGAAGGCUCUCUGCUCUUACGAUGUCAUCCUGUUCUCUCGCAAUCGGUUUGAUCUUGAAAGCAAGCAUGGGACAGAUGGACACGGGCGGCGCAUCGCCAGAACGCCGUUGGUAUGUACAUGUCCGUAUAUCGGAGCAUCCCGAACACGGGACUGUCACUGUCUGCGGGAGGACAUGCUCUACCAGUCGCCUCUCAAGAACUUGCAUUUCAAGCGCCUUAUCGUCGACGAGGGUCAUUCAUUCUCUCAGAUCAAUACCAACGCCGUUGUUGUGGCCACGCAGCUUGUGACGGCAGAGAAUCGCUGGCUAGUCUCCGGUACGCCGGCGAAGGAUCUUCUGGGUGUCGAAGUCGACCUGUCUAGCUUGGAAUUUAAGGAUCACCAAUCAAUGUUGGAACAGAGACGCCACUUCGACCCCUUAUACGACCGCUCCGGUGCGAUAGACAAUUUGGGUGCUAUCGCAGGCAGUUUCCUGAAGAUUCAACCAUGGGCGCCCGACUCUUUACGCCACAGCGUAUCGUUCAAGGAGCACAUCUACAGACACGAAGAUAGCCGACGCCUUACAUACUCGGGUUUCUCGAGGUGCUUUCAGAAGACACUGGAAUCCAUGGUUAUCAAGACUCAGCCCAAGGACGUAGAGAUCACGCUACCUCCCUUGAGUCAUACGAUCGUUCGAUUACAGCCUUCCUUUUACGACAAACUGACGAGCAACUUGUUCACACUCGUUCUGACGGCCAAUGCGGUAACAUCGGAGCGUACUGAUGCAGACUAUUUGUUUCACAAGAACAGCCACAAGGAGCGUGUGGCACUCGUGUCAAAUGUUCGGCAAAGCUCAUUUCACUGGGCCGGUUUUGAUGAAGCUGAUGUCCGAGCAACGGCUGACACUAGUAGAGGCUAUCUCACGAAAGAUCAGACCAACUGUGCCAUGGAGGACCGCGAGCUACUCUUACAGACCAUGGAGAUGGCGGAAGUGCCUGCAUUGAGCUCGGAAGGCUGGAAAGCAAUGAGUCGAUGUCACGAGCUGGGAAUUGUGGUUGAGAACUGGCCUGACGAGAGUGCAAGCCACUGGUCUUUUGAGCAGUCGUCAGACUCGUCACGUAUCCUCACCGGGAUAUCGCAGCUGCUAGAUGCGCAACGCUUCGUGAAUACGCGCUGUGCGCAGACAGAUCCUGGAGAGGGUCUAGCCGGCGCUGGCAUCAAAGCACUUGCAUCCGCGCGCCGGCGCUCGCCUUCACAACCCAAGGUCGUACAGCAAGCGGCUCAGCGAUUGACAAAGUCAGGCAUACCAAGUUCGAGCCUCGGUGACGAGCCGGCUCUCAAGAAGCGCCGUUUACUGAGCAGUAAAGACCCACGGCCAGCAACGCUGUCUCUGCGGGUACCCAAACAUCAAAGGAAGCAGGCUUCCGACGCACUCGAAAGGGAAGAGGAAAGUCUCCCAAUAGACUCGCCCUACGCACGAGGUCGUGUCGUCGGUACAACUUCCGCGAAGAUGUCCUAUCUGAUUUCCUACAUUUUGAAACACCAUCAGGAAGAGAAGAUUCUGGUGUUCUACGAAGGUGAUUCACUGGCCUUCUUCAUAGCGCAAAUGCUGGAACUGCUAAACAUCAAGCACGACAUCUACGCCAGAUCACUUCGGUCUGACCUGCAAAGCGAAUAUGUGGUACGAUUCAACGAGACGCCGGACGUUCGGGUGCUACUGAUGGACGUCAAAUGCGGAGCUCACGGCCUUAACCUUUGCUCUGCAUCGAGAGUGAUAUUCGUCAACCCCGUAUGCCGUCCGUCCGUAGAAGCACAGGCAAUCAAGCGUGCGCACCGGAUAGGCCAGACUCGCGCAGUCCAUGUUGAAACUCUGGUCUUAGCCGGGACCAUUGAAGAGGGCAUGCUGGAGCGUGCCCAGCGUAUGACCAAUGCGGAACACAUUGAAGCCAAGACACUCGAAGAUGAUGGGGGCAUUCGUGAGAUCAUUCAGAACGCGCGGUGCCUCCCGAUUACCAGAGAAGAAGUGAAGAGUACCUGCUCAAUGGCCGCGCUGGAUGUGCCACAACAGCUCUGGGGGCGGCCGGGCUGGAGCAGGGGUUCUACAGUACCUCAGACGGCAGUGCUCCCAUCCGCCGUCGGCCCAACGCACGAAUAUGGCAAGUUGUGCCCCAAGCAAACCAGUUCACGGGAGGGACCACCGAAGAAGCGAGCGAGAUUUGGUCCCCUAACGUUCGACGAGCGAGCUACUGAGCCGGCGGGCUCAGAAGCAAUGUCCACGGCCUCUGCGGACGAGAGACCUGCUCAGUGGGUGGAGGAGGGCGACGAUUCGAGCCAUGCCGCGCCAGGAGUAACCAGACCCGCAACAGCACCAAAUGCGGACGACCUUUGGCUGAGUUUGAAAGGCCUUGAUUGAGCAUGUCAGAAGACACGGCGACGGAGCAAGAAUUUGGCAUGGCAUACACGAGCAUAGAUGUUGCAUUCCCAGCGGCGUUUCGUGGGUAGCAUUCAUUCUCGAAUCUCAUAAAGGUGACCUAUGAUGCCUAUACCCACCUGCUCCUGUCCUUGUUCAUAUAAUGUACAUACAGCGUCUAGGGUUGGGGAUUUACAGC